CAGUCAACAAGGCAAAAAUAGAGAGUUUACAGAGCAAGCUCUCUCCUCUCCUGACUGGUUCACUCGCCUCAUCUAACUAACCAUCCUCGGGGAAACACACUUUUAAGCACGCACGCACGCGCGUACACACACAUUGAAGCUCCGCUCAGCAGCAGCAGGGAGUGAACAGCCAGCUUGCGACUUAUCCCCGCCAUUCCCCGGUACAGUAACUUCCUCAGCAUCUCCCGGCCUCUGCAGAGAGAGAGAGAGCACCGACCGACAACCCAACUGGAAACCGGCCCCACGGCUCUAUAGUGACGGACUGACCGACCAUUAAAUCCCGGAGAAGGGAAGAGGACUAUCUAGUACUCAAAAUCCCGUCAUCGCCUGUAGAAUAUACUUCAGACUGCGGAUUUAAACCGUCACAUUGGCCAAUUGUCCAUUUGGACGGAGCAAGAGAACUGGUAGUGCGCAGUGUGAGAACACAACAGAAACCACUUGACGCGGAAAAGUCCCGGGCACUUCCCGGUAUUUUAGGAAACAGAGGGACGCAUCUCACCUUACCGAAAUACCGACGCCGGUAGCCUAAAACGGAGCCGGUCUGAGCAACAGCUACCACCGGCAAAAAUCAGUGAGGUUGCCAGGGUAACCUCCCCCAGCCAAUCAGCAGUCAUGGAUGAGAUGGAUCUGCCCCAGAUGAAGAAGGAAGUGGAGAGUCUGAAAUACCAACUGGCUUUCAAGAGAGAGAAGUCCUCCAAGACAGUCACUGACAUGGUGAAGUGGAUCGAGGACGGGGUACCUGAGGACCCCUUCCUGAACCCUGAGCUCAUGAAGAACAACCCCUGGGUGGAAAAGGGAAAGUGUGUCCUGUUGUAGACGAUUACCAAACCUGACCCUGCCAUGACCACUGACCCCAGCCUGGUGGGGCAUGGCUGGACAGCACUC